ACAAAUGGGCUUGGUCAGUGUGGGGGUGUUGGUAGCACUGGCUAGACUCAGUGAUUAUGGCUGUACCUGGUACACAAUAAUGAGAAGAGGAAAAACAUAUAUAUGUGUAAUGCUAACCCGGAAAGUACUGUCAAACAUUUAAAAUACUCGUAUUUAAAAAUGACAGAUAUUAAUAAGACCAUCCAGAAAUGGCACGCCAGUUUUAGUAAAGGCACAGAUUUUGAUUCCUGGGGACAGUUAGUGGAGGCAAUUGACGAAUACCACAUACUAGCAAGGCAGCUACAGAAAGAGGUUCAGUCAUCCAAUUCUUCAGAUUUAACAGAAGAUCAAAAGAAAACAUUAGGGAAAGUUGCAACAUGCCUUGAAUUGCGUUGUGCAGCUUUGCAGUCCACCCAGCCCCAAGAAGAGUUCAAGCUGGAAGAUCUGAAGAAAUUGGAACCCAUCAUUAAGAAUAUUCUGACUUUUAACAAAGAUUUUCCUUUUGACGUUCAGCCAGUCCCUAUAAGGAAGAUUUUAGCACCUGGCGAGGAAGAGAAUUUCGAGUUAGAGGAAGAGGAUGAUGCAGGGGCUGGGGCAGGAUCACCAGAUUCCUUCCCCCCAAGAGUGCCUGGAGCUUUUGAAGGUACUUUGUUACCACAGUUACCUUCUGAACCAGGAAUGACACUACUUACAAUUAAUAUAGAAAAGAUUGGGCUCAAAGACGCUGGACAGUGCAUUGAUCCCUACAUAAGCGUUAGCAUAAAGGAUUUGAAUGGGAUUGAUUUGAACCCUAUGCAAGACACUCCUGUGGUUUCACGAAAGGAAGAUACGUACAUUCAUUUUAAUGUGGACAUAGAAAUUCAAAAACAUCUUGAAAAACUACCGAAAGGGGCAGCUAUUUUCUUUGAAUUGAAACACUACAAACCCAAGAAAAAGUUUACCAGCACAAAAUGUUUUGCCUUCAUGGAAAUGGAUGAGAUCAAACCUGGGCCGAUUGUUAUAGAACUAUACAAGAAGCCAACCGAUUUCAAAAGGAAGAAGCUUAAUUUACUGACCAAAAAACCACUCUAUCUCCAUCUCCUCCAGACAUUGCACAAGGAUUAACCUGGACCAAGACUGUAGUACAUGUUUAUGAACCAACUCACAGCUCUUAAUCACAGUAGCAGAGUCAUCCAACAACCAUGCUGAAAGACUAACUACUUUUCCAUCCUGUUACCAUAGCAAAAGCAAACAGAUGGCCAACCACUUUAAUUUCUGAGCGCAUUAUUGUAAUACUUCAGGUGGGUCCUUUCAUACCUCCCUGGCCUGCAACAGGUCCAAAACAACGUGAAGGAUGUUGAAAAGGCUUUGGACAUGCACUAAAGAAUUUUGAAGUUUGAAGAAAUAAAAGAAGACAGUGCAGAAAUCACCAGACACCAGCAUCGCUAUAUACAAGAAGCUGUAUAGAACUUAACAGUAACGACACUAUCAAUAAGAUUAUUAUAAGCAUACUGCCCCAGUGGAGGUGGAAUAUUUUGUGAGAAAUAUGUGCUGGGUCAGUGGUGUGACUUGCACAAGGGAGAACCACUAAGUCUUGACUCAAAUUGAUCCUUCAGCAGUCAUGUAGACCUCCAACGGUUCACAUUUGUAAGAUCGUGAACAGCUUCUGCUAGACUAGACAUAACAAGUGUACAUGUUAACUAAAGAAAUGUAGGGGUGGAGCAUGUGGCUUGCAGGCAGUAUUCUGAAGAUCACUGCUUCACUUGGACAACUGUAAUGCUUAUGAUAGUUCAAAUUACUAAUUUAUUUGCUCUGGGAACAAUUGCCUCUACUAUUGGCUUUUUAAUGUUGUAGAUUUAUCAAAAACAAAAAAAAAAAAGUUAAAUAUAGAUAUAGAUAUAGAUAAAUAUACCACACACUGGUGGAUAGCUGAGAAAGCUCAGUGUACCAUUAUUUAAACAAAAACAUUUUCCCUAUGAAAAAAAUAAGAGCUGACAAGCUACUUUAAUAUGAAAAAUGGUACUGCAACUGUAAAUGCAUUUGUCCAGCCUAUAAAGCAGACCCUUCAUUCACUUUUGAACACAUGCCAAAUUAGAAUAAUAGCUGUCGCAAUAAUACAAAAAAAGUGGCAAUAACAAAACAGUUAUUUAGGCAACAAUUUCUUUGAUACAGUCGGGGGGAGAGGAAACACAACACAUAUAGCCUAUUUUUAAAUCAGUACAAUAGUAAAAAAAAAAAAAAAAAAUCUAAGUUCCGGUUCCCCUUGAACUGCGUGGGCCCAAAGCAAUUGCUUAGUCUGCUUAUGCCUAGCGCCACCACUGCCUGCAAGUCAAAUUAUGUUGAACCAAUACCGUGUACACCUCUUUAUAAGCCUCAAAUGCAAAUUUGUCAUUCAUUAAACAAUAUUAAUACAUACGAUUAUAAAACACCAUUUUUUAUAUGAAGGUAAAUGGCUGUUAAUAUCUAGUGAAGAACUAUAGGUGCAACAUAUCUAUGUGUCCGUUGAAAUACAUUUGUUGAUCUGUAACCUCCAUCAAAAAACAAAAAAAAAAUUGACUUUUG